CAGCCUUACAAUUAUGAAGAUUGUAACAGACUUUCAUAUUCCUUUUUCUUCAUAUUCAGGGAAUCUUCAGUUAGGCCCUCCAGCUACCACAGGUAUCCCUGCUGCAGGCAUGUGGGGAGCCCCAGUCGCUGCCCCUUCCAUGUUCCCCAUGCCAGGAGUGACUGCUCCAGGCCCAAUGCCCACCUACCCACAGCCCUCUGCCUUUGGUGGCCUCCCCAUACCACCCACAGCCUGGGGCCAGCCUGUGACACCUCAAUUCGGUGCCGCACCCUUAUCCCCACCCCACCUCAACUGGAGCCAACCUGUAGGAGCGGUUCCACUGGCAUCUCCAGGCUGGGGUCAGCCCAACAUGACCAAUCCGUUCCAGUCUGGCCCGUCGCGCCCCCCUCCCAGGCCACCGGCCCCUCCAAAGGUAGAGAACAGUGCCUUCACAGCGUUGGAUCCCCUUGGAGAUAAAGAAAAGAAGAUUGGAAAGGACAUGUUCAAGGACUUCCAGCUCGCCAAACCGCCCGCCAUCCCAGCCAGGAAAGGGGAGCUGGCGCCCAACUCUGCUCCCAGCAGCAACGAAGCUGGGGCGUUCGAUCAGUAUUUUAACAGCAAAGUGGGCCUGCCGCAGGAUACCGCAGAUCACGAUGACUUUGUUAUCAAUCAAAUUACAGCAGCUCCUGCUCCUGCUCCUGCUCCAGCUGCAGCCCCAGCUCCGAGCUUUAACCCCGGCCUCCUUGAUGCCGCCUUCUCUUCUGCUCCUGUCGCAAACAAUUCAGCACCAGCCCAGGGACCCAAUCAGGACAUGUUUGAUCAAGCAUUUGGGGCCCCUGUAGCCAUGCAGACUGCUGCUGUUGGUCAGACUUCUGGUUCAACAGCUGCUUUCGGGGAUCGUUUGGGAAAUCCCUUUGCUUGACCCGAGCUUUGUACAAAAGUAAGUAUGUUUUUGUU